UAUGAAACCUCAAUCAACUAGUUAUAAAUAAGUGCCAAAAUGCGGUAUAAGGUACAAUUAUCUACAAUCAGUGGAAUUUGGACCGGUCUUAUAUGAACGCGGGGGAAACCCCGAUCAGAAGACGCCUCAGGCAGGACUUAUCAGCUGAAUAGCGCUCUUUCUCUCUGCGCACCGAGGAACGAAUCUCAGUGCUGACGGUAGCCAGACAGUUCAGUUUCCGACGAGUCGCGGUUCAGAGGUGAAAGAGUAUGGCUUUAAGUCGCUUGUUCUAUAUUUGGUUGAUAUGCACUAUCGGAUUCGUUGGAUCGAUGCGUGUGUGCGUAUAUCCCAUGCCGGACGAUUGACGGAUUGCAAGGAAAAUGUGUUCCGGUGACUAAUUGCCAGUGGAUCUUGUCGAAGGCUAUGGUCGUUGGUGACGCACUUCAACGGAGUGAGUGCGACCAUGCCUCUGAUUCUACGCCUCUGGUGUGCUGUCCUAGGUGGCGAAAUUCGGAGAAAUGUGGGCAAGCUUUGAGUAACUCGGAGCACAGAUCGUUUCCGUGGGUCGUGAGCAUCGUUUAUCGCGUGAAGAAGAAAACAUUCUCCCAGAGAUGCACCGGUUCAUUGAUCAGCAGUCAAUACGCGCUAACAGUGGCACACUGUAUUGUAGAUUUGCAGUUUAUAUUGAAACCGUACAGUAUUAGAGUGAGAAGAGAUGUGAGCUACAAGGACUACGAAAUUCUUCGGAUCAUAGUUUACCCUAACUACAAUCGGUUUGACCUGAACAAGCAUCAUGAUGUUGCCCUAUUGAAGCUGGCUGAUAAAGUAGAAUUCGACAAUUUUGUGCAGCCUAUAUGCUUGAUCCGCGAAGAAGAUCAACUUAGUUCACUGAUAGAAGGACAAAUGUUUACCAUAUUUUCCAAGGGUCCUCCGGAAGCAGAUCAAAUGUCCCGUCAAAAACGACCUAUCGAAAUUCCACUGAGAAAUGCGUCAGUUUGCGAAAAAAUCUACAAACAAAUUCGUGUAGACCUCUCUCCAUCACAGCUCUGCGUAGGAGGGGAUCCCGGCAAGGACUCCUGUCGUGGAGAUUCCGGCGGUCCACUGAUGAUGGCCCAAGCAUCAGCAGAUUCUUCCUCUCGCGCUCGCUGGUAUCAAGUGGGGCUUGUCAGCUUGGGCCCAGAGCAGUGCGGAGGUAUGAUUCCUGGCAUCUACGUCAAGCUCGCCGAUUACCAGGAUUGGAUCGAAGCAACCGUCGACGAGGUUGACUAGGCAACACGUCGCCGAGGCAACCGUUCAUCCACAGAUGUGUUCCCAGUAUAGAAAAUGGCUUCUAAUUAUAGCGUUUCACAUAAGUAAACAAGAAAGUGCAAAAGUGCGUUCGAUGCCAAGUGUAGACAUGUGGAAAUUGUUCUUGGAAAACACAACGUUCAAUUCUAAUCCGAGUAAAGGAUAGCUCUAUCUGUUCCAGAUCAACGACAAAGCGAAACUUGUUGCGAAGCAGACAAAGCUCUGUCUCGAUCCUGCUGAAUAUUCAUAAGAAAGAUGACAAACAAGGAAUAAUGUCGAUAAUGGGAAGUCUGCCCGGAUUGGAACGUGUAAAUGACUGCGGCUAAUGAUCGAUGCAACUCACUGUGAAGCAGAUUGGACGAAAGUAGAAAUUAUGGCAACAUGUGUUGAAUAGAGUGAAAAGUGAAUGAACUAUGGCAGUGUGUACUUAGAUACCUUUUAUGUAAUUAAAAUAAUCAAGUGGUAUCAUUAAAACAGAUAAGUUUGUAGAGUUAAUAAAACAAUCAUUAAAAUGUUUCGAGGCGUAUUUAAUACAAUUACUAUGCAUUCAAAUAAAGUGUUUUUUUUUUCUAUUUAAAAUAACUUAUAACUCCAUGGUUCGAAUUCAGAAAGCUCAUCAAUGAACAACUAAGGAAGUGCUCAUCGAACACUAAGUUGAAGAGAGACAAUUCAAGUUCCAGUUGAAACGUAGAGCCACAAAAACACUAAAUAAGAUAAAACAAAACAAAAAUAUGAAUGAGAUGAAGAAAAAUAAGGCGAAGAAGAGUUGUCAUAUUGAUUUCAGUUAUCUGUGAGAAACAUAAACAAAAAAAAUAACUCAAUCUAAAUCCAAUCCAGAUUCCAACCAUAAAAUUGAUCUCACCUAUACUGAUCGACGUCGAUGAAUUCAAAAUUGAUGAUUCAUCGUUAACCAAUCGGCGAAAUGAUUCAAAGGAAAAAUUAUAGCUCGCAACUGAUUUGAUUGUCUAAUUUUCUUUGCGACCUGUUCGCAAGCAGUGCAAUCGCGGUAUAAUCGAGAAAAAAAAGUGGUAAUAACAGGAGAACAAAACCGAGGAGAAGAACGAAAAUCGACACGUUCUCCUCCUUCUCCUCCCACUAAUGGCAGUCAGUGGGUAAUAAUCACCAUCAGCGGCAGCGAGUGGAGCGUGGUGCUAGAGCCAGCGGUUGGCUGACUGGUCCAGAUGAAAUCGAAAUCAAAUCAGUAAUCAAUUUCGUAAUCUUCUGCACCGGCACUGACAGUCAGUCAGUCUUCGGAUUGUGACGGCUAGGUGGGUCCUACUUUGUGGUGGAUUUGCUGGGAGAACAGACAAAAAAAUGAGGUGGUUACCAGUUGGGGAUCCUCUAUUAUUGAGGAGAGUUCCUUUCCCUUUUACUAUUAUUGUUCUUCAUGAGUCGGUUGGGAGUCGGAUCAGCUCAUCGGCUUGCUUGAAGAUGUUUUGGUGAAUACUUCAUCAAUGAAUUUGAUCUGUUGUUUUGACUGAAAGGUGGAAGUAUCACAACGAAGAACACCUAUAUGUACUAGGCCCAUCGUUUCCCAACCUUGGCUCUCGCGCUUUUCGUAGAACAUUCAAAACGUGCCUGCAAGCUGCUGAGGGGCUAGAACAAAUAAACAUAGAUCGUCAGUACAUGGUGAAACGACCGUUCAGCCUGUCAGAGAACAGUCUACAUCAAUUGUGUGUUUUUAGACACUGGCAAAGACAUCCAGAAUAAUAUUCUCUGCCCCGCUGAAGUCGCCGGCCCAAGCAAAGCGAUCCUUUGAUCCGGGAGAUAAUUGGUUGAGUGGUUCCCACAGACCAGGCAAGACAUCCCGCCGGUCACAGGAACUAUCGAAACUCUCGGUGCCUUCUGCUGAGCAAUAUGGUACCAAGGUAUCAGUGAAAGCAGAUCCGCUACAGCUUAUCAUCACGUUGCCAUCUUUGAG